AUGGCCGCCGCCGAAGAAGCUCCACACGGGAUGGCCCCCUGCCUCCUGCUCGUGGCCGCCGGGGCAAAUGCCGGCCAUACCCGAGGGGUUGGGGCAGGAGCUGCCGCGCCUGAUGGGCACAAGGCGCCACAACCACAAGACCAAGGCCAAGAACAAACGGAGAGGGACGAACCACCCGCCGGGCCGACCAGCGUGCACGGCCUCCCCGACGAGCUCCUCGUCCGCGUCCUCCUUCACCUCGGCACAUCGCUCCACCUCGUCCACGCUGCAGCAACGUGCAGGCGCUGGCGCCGCGCCGUCGCCGACGCAGGCUUCCUCGCCCGCUUCCGCUCCCUCCACGGCGUCCCAAGCGUCGCCGGCCACUACUACGUUACGGAGACGCUGCACCCCAACUCGAGGGACCCGUGGCGGCGUCAGGUACCGGAGAAGAUGACGGCCACCUUCGUGCCCGUGUCGCCGGCCGUCGUUGACGCUUCCCACUUCUCGCUCGACUUCCUCUACGUUCCUCCUGUCGACGGCAACCGCCCGCGCUACUCAUACCGAAGCGCCAGGCGUGUACGGCACAGCCGGAGCAGGGAGAUCAUCGACAGCCGCGGUAGCCUCCUCCUCCUGACCAACGGUAUAUCGGAAGGGCGGUAUUGGUCGCCGGACUUCAUCGUCUGUGAGCCCCUGACACGGCGGUGCCAGGGGAUCGCGCGUCCGUCUAUCCUGAGCCGUCUCCAUUUCCUCGGCGGCUUCCUGCUCGACGGCAGCGGCAGCGGUGGCUGCCGUGACGCCAUGUCAAACUUCAGGGUGCUCUCCGUCCUCUACAAACAAGAAGGGUCAUUCGGCACGCCACGGGCGUGUGUGUUCAGCCCAGGCAGCGACGGCGGAUGGCACUUUUGUUGGCACCCAAUAAUGAACGACGACGACGACGACGACGACAACGACGACGACAUCGAGCUCCCCACCAUUGACAAGAUCCACCUCGCCGGGCGUGCUGCCGGGAGAAUCUACUGGGGGAUCGAGACCGGCACCGUGCUCGUCCUCGACGAGAGCACGCUCAUGUUCUCGGUCCUCACGUUGCCGGAGCAAAUGCGGUGGCCGUAUCGGAGGACCAGCUUCCGUGUCGUCGGUGGCGUGGACGGCGACAUGGUGCGCAUCGUGCGCUUGGACGGCCAGGACCUUGUGGUCUACGGGCAGAUCCUGGGCUCUGGCCAGUGGGUGGUCGAGAAGAGUGUCCGGCUGAGAGACACGGCGGCCGGAUUGCCGGGUUGGAGAGAUAGUUUCUCGGUCCAGCCGGCGAGGAUCGUUGCCGCGGGCGACACGUUCGUGGUGUUGACGCGAACGGAGAAGACCUGGCUCUUCUCUGUGGACCUGGAGACCAUGGAGGCGGAACGCCGGCACGAGAGGAACCGGCACGCCGGCCCGGCUUACCCGUGUUCACUGCCGUGGCCUCCUGUUCUGCAAGCUGGCUUAAGUCAGGGUGACAUUGUUGUUCGUAAGAGGAGUCAACGCCGCAAUGGCUGA